AUGGCAAGUAACUUGGAUUCAGUGCUCAAGAAGAACGCGAAUGACCUGGCGAAGGAACUAGAGGUGGAAAGGAUCUUAAAAGCAUUUAAACUAAACCCAUAUGAUAUACUCGAUUUACCUAUAACAGCGACAGAAGCUGAGAUUAAGAAACAAUACCGUAAGAAAUCUUUACUGAUUCAUCCAGAUAAAUUCAAGCAUGAGAAAGGUUUGGAGGCAUUUGAUUUUCUGAAAAAGGCUGAAGACCAACUUUCUGAUCCUGCGAAAAGAAAAGACAUUGACAUGAUUAUGACUCACGCGAGAACCCAAGUACUGAAAGCCAUACUGGGAAGUGGAUACUCAACGAAUAUUCCAGAUGACGAUCCUCGAAUAACCAACUUGACUCCCCCCUUUGACCAGCAAGUACGAGCUAAGGGUCGUGAGAUCCUGGUAGAAGACGAAUUAGCAAGAAGGAGGAAAACCAAGUUGGCAUACGCGAACGAAGGUGCCGAAAAGGCCAAACAGGAAGCGGAAGUAGCAGCCAGGAAAAGGAAAGUGGAAGAACAAGCUAAAUGGGAAGAACGGAGAGAAGAACGUAUAUCAGACUGGAGGAGUUUCAGUAAUAAGAAAGCUAAGAAGAGUAAGAAGAAUUCGCACGUUUUGGGAUAA